AGCCCAGUGACAAUGUAACGCUGGCCAUGAUAAUAGAUGCGUAUGAGAUAUAUGGUCACGACCCUACAGACAAAUUGGAUCAUCUGGCGCAUUUCCAGAUCGAAAUGAUGAAGAUUAAGCGGGCCCCAGAUCAGUACAUCAUAAAUGAGCACGUCCACAUAGCUACCGACCACCUAGGAAGAUUUAUAAACAUGCAUAUCAAAGAACUAAAGAUACUGCUAAUAGCUCUAGACGAUGUCAUAGACAACAUGUUGACCAUGUACGACAAUCAUAAUGCGAUAAAAACAGAAAGAGUUGCAACUUACAACGCAGGGGCGGGCGGCGCUGUGCCCAUGGAGUUUUAUCUGAGUCAAGAGUAUUAUUGCGGUAAAAACGUAUAUCUCUUCGUCUCAGAGCUCUAUAGUGACAUCUACGAGAUGGGUCGCGGGACCUCCCCAUAUUGCAAAGACCGCGGCUUCCAUUUCUUGGGCUUCGUACAUUUUAUGGAUGACGCCAAGUAUUUCCUGGAAGAGGAUCCGAAUAUAGUAUUCCAGAUGGACAAUUAUAUUCAUGGGCUGGAGUGCCAUAUGGGGAUCUGUAUUUAUAGGUUCCCAUUCAAAAAGAACCUACAACACAUCCGCGAUGUAUCCACCCUUCCCAAAGCGAUCGUCAAAUGCGGCACAGAGGUGUACAAGCUGCCACCCCUUACUGCUGCAUCGUGUAUCAUCACUUCUGGAUCCUUCAUCUUGGAUUUCAACAUUCAGGGUAUCCGGUUCCGCCAUUUUGAUUAUAUGCUGUUCUUGCCUAACGGCCACUCAUAUUACACAAAAGAAAAAUCCUCUCCUCUGGCUUGCGAUCAUCAUGUGUGUGAAUGGAAUAAUACUAAUUUCUACGGAGGUCCAUUUAUAAUCCCCGGCGAUCCCGGCACGGGUCUUACCCCGAUUCCGCCCUUCAUCGAACAAACCACGGAGCCCUACAACUUACACUCCACGGAGCCGCCGGGACACGAGUUUGCUAAUAUUACCUAUUCACUUGACGGCUGCUGGUUUAUGUUUCCACCUAACUACGGCUCAAUAGCGGGCAUCAGCUACUUGGAUCCACUCACAGUCAACGAGUAUAGAUACACGUGUUCAGGAGCUAAUAAUAAUAAGGGUCUCUACUGGUACCCGCAAUGGAUGGGUGCGCCCCCCCACCACCCGCGGCCGCAGGCCGGCGACGCGCCCCCCGCGCUGACCGGCGCGGCGCCCGCCGCCUUCUACCCGCAUCUGGCCAACCCGCCCCUCUCCGUUAAUGUGCCCGGACAGAACUAAUAUAUGCAUGUGUUAUAAUCGACGCUUAAGUUUUA